AUGGUGAACAACUUCAACGCGUCUAUGUUGGAGGCCGUACGCUGCAACAUGGAUAUCAAGUUCAUCAGUUCUGGUGCCUCAGCAAAAGCAAUUUUGUAUUACAUUACCGAUUAUAUUACCAAGUCCCAGUUGAAAGCUCAUGUCGCUUAUGCUGCUUUAGAUUUGGCAAGACGCAAAUUAUCCGAGUUUGAUUCUACAGAUGAUGAUCUUACAGUUCGUGCGAAGGAGUUGAUAAGAAAAUGUGCGCACGCUAUGAUAUCUCAUCAAGAACUAUCAGCUCAGCAAGUCACAGGCUAUCUGAUGGAAUUUGGUGAUCAUUAUACCAGUCAUGAGUUCCGCAAUCUUUUCUGGACCUCCUUUGAGAAUUAUGUCAAUGCUAUCAUUCCCCUAUGGCAGGAGUCUGUUUAUGAGAAAGAAUGUGAACAAUGGGGGCCUGACUAUGAGGAAAAUGACUUAUCGAAUGAGGUUGGGGAUGAUGAAGACCACUGUUCACAGCCACCAGAAGAAGAGGAAUGUUUGCAAGAUAUUGCUGACGCUGCUUUGGGUAGCGAUGAAGUGGGGUUGUCCGUUGAUGAUAGUGGAAAUUUGGUGCCUAGGGCAAAUCAGGUGCAAGAUUAUCAAUUGAGAUCAUCUGAGCUCCGCACGAUGUGUGUAUGGGAUUUCGUCACGCAAGUGGAAAAACAGAAGGUUAAGUGA